AUGACUAUGCUAAUACCAUCAGCCCUUGAUGUGCUGCAGUUGCUGUAUCAUCACCUCCCUACUGGCUCACCUCCAACAUUCACCACAACACAAAGGGCGAGGGUGGGGAAAGAGAUACAAAGGGUGGGGGCGGGGGCGGGGUGUACAGUUCAAGGUGGCGUGUUUGCUUCCCAAACAGCCUCAACGGUUCAGGAUGUCACACAAAAAACAAACGAGAUUGCUGGUGAUGGUACUACCACUGCAACUGUCCUCGCUCAUGCUAUCUACACUGAGGGUGUCAAAAAUGUCACUGCAGGAUGCAAUCCUAUGGACCUCCAUCGCAAUGCUCAAGCAGCCGUUCAACAAGUGGUUCAGUUCUUGGAGGCCAAUACCAAAACUAUUACCACCACCGCUGAGAUUGCACAGGUCGCCACCAUCUCUGCUAACGGUGACAAGCACAUCGGUGGGUUGAUUGCGCAAGCGAUGGAGAGAGUUGGAAAGGAGGGUGUCAUCACCGUAAAAGAGGGUCGGACAACCGAGGACGAGAUUGAAGUGACAGAGGGCAUGUGCUUUGACCGCGGUUAUAUCUCCCCAUACUUCAUCACCGACGUCAAGACUCAAAAAGUCGAUUUCGAAAAGCCCUUCAUUCUCCUCUCUGAGAAGAAAAUCUCCUCGUUGCAGGACAUCCUCCCAUCUCUCGAAACUGCUGCCUCUGCUCUCAGACCACUGGUCAUCAUUGCAGAGGAUUUAGAUGACGAAGCCCUCGCAGCUUGCAUCCUAAACAAGCUCCGUGGCCAGCUCCAGGUUGUAGCCGUCAAAGCACCCGGCUUCGGUGACAACCGCAAGAGCAUCCUUGGUGACCUCGCCAUCCUCACCGGCGGCACAGUCUUCACCGACGAACUGGACAUCAAACUUGAGCAUGCAACAGCUGACCUCCUGGGCAGCACUGGUAGCAUCACCAUCACCAAGGAGGACACCAUUGUCCUCAACGGUGCCGGCUCCAAGGAUGCCAUCUCUGCACGGUGUGAGCAAAUCCGCGCACUCCUGAACGACCCUACCACCUCCGAGUUCGACAAGACCAAGCUCCAAGAACGUCUCGCGAAGCUCUCAGGAGGUGUCGCUGUCAUCAAAGUUGGUGGAUCAUCUGAAGUUGAGGUUGGAGAGAAGAAAGACCAGUAUGACGACGCGCUUAAUGCAACACGUGCAGCUGUCGAGGAAGACCAAGGCCUUGGCAUCAGCAUCAUCCGCCGCACAUUAGCACAGCCCGCACGCACAAUCCUCACCAAUGCGGGUGAGGAAGCCAGCGUCAUUGUCGGCACGCUCAUCAACUCAUCCAACAACUCAUUCAUGUAUGGUUAUGACACGUUGAAGGGCAAGUAUACCGACAUGAUCACACAUGGUAUCAUCGACCCGCUCAAGGUCGUACGGACAGCGCUCCUGGAUGCCGCAGGUGUCGCGAGCUUACUGACAAUGAGUGAGUGCUGCGUUGUAGAUGGCGAGGAGGAGAAACCUGCUGGUGGUAUGGGUGGUGACAUGGGAGGUAUGGGUGGCAUGGGAAUGGGCGGGUUCUAA